CAAGUCGGAUUCACGAAUGAUACCAACAGCAACAAUUGCCCUCGCUCGCUAUUCUUCCUCAACAAUAAGAUCCAGUCAUGUAAUGAAAUCCGGCAUCAAGGCAAAAAUUAGAGGUACCGGCUCAUUCUGAAUCGUAAAUAUUUUCUUGUGAGGUUUUGUCUACUGUUUCCCGCCUUCUCCACUACAAGACUGCACGGGAAUUGGAUGUUUUGUUGAGUGAAUGAAAUAAAUCUUGUGAGAGGAAUUGUCGAUGGGAGACAUGGGCAAUCAGGAUCGCACGAAGAGCCUUCCAAAACUUAUUCAAGAAGAUGGAAAGACUUUAGAAUCUUCAGAAGAAUCGGCAUUUGUUCCAGAGAUGGAUGCGGAGGGAAACGUCUCAUCCUCUCAACCCACAUCAAAGAAUGAGGAGAGUAUCCUAACAACGGUUACAAGGCCCAAAAGAUUUGGUAAGAAAAAGAUAGUAUAUUCACCAUCAAACUCUGAAGGCAGUGGAAAGGAUGCGAAACUGAAUAAACGAAGAGAUGAUGUCGCAAAGGGAAACCAUAGGCUGAGAUUAACUCAAAAUCAAAAUGACGAAAGUACAACGUCAGUUGGCUGUGAAAGAUGUGACACUACAUGCUAUUUUCUUGAAGAUAAUGGAUCCCAGGGAUGGAAUCUGAAAAUUCUCACGGGAAAUGAAGCAUCAAAGUCUCAACCAAUUGUCAACAUAUUCUCCUCCCCCCCGGGACAAUCAAGAAAAAGGAAGUUCCAACAACCCCUCGACUCCCCCCCAAACAGCCCAAAACUUCUCCACAACAAGUCUACCUUGAACUACAGAGAAUACCCAGGAAAGAAUCGGACGUCAGAGCCCCCAAUCUGUCAAAUGUGCCAGAGGAUUCUCUCCUCCUCUCUCGACCUCCAGCCCUCCGACUGUCUGGACUGUCCCUUCAUCUGCUACUCGAAAUUCCCCACCCGAGAAUCCCUGAGGUGGCACAUAAUAAAGGUUCACCUCAUCUGCGGCUGCAGGAAUGACAAGCCCCAUGCAAAAACCAUCAAUAUCGACUGCCCCCUGAGUUGCAACUGUCCAAUCUGCGAUGAGGAACUGUCGGUGGAGAAUUCCCUGCAGAACCACGUGUUCAGUGUCCACGACAUCGUCAAUUUCUCAGAUAGGAGGCCUCCAGACGAACCAGCAUACCUGACAGUCCCUCAGGAUCUCUUCACCAGGAAGUGCAGAAGUACCUGGGGAAAUCGUCAGAAGGGCCGCAAUGGAAGCUUUAUCUGUGAUAUCUGUGCCAUUAAAUUCUCGUCGGUUCGAGACUUGUUCCAUCACUUCAACAAGAAGAACCACACGAACUAUGUUGAGUAUCUGAAGACCUUGGGGAGAAUUCCAAGAGAAUUAGAUGCUGACGAACCCAUCGUAGAUUUGCCUCAAUCAUCACUCAAGAGACUACGCAACCCCAAUGAACCGGAAACGUGUCAACUCUCUCCUAAGAAAUUGGUCCGAGGAGAUCCCGAAUUACCAACCAUCAUUCUAGCGUCCGAAGAGUGCGACGCAGCUAUGGAAGACUACCUCCUGCAAAUAAAAAAUCAUCAGGAAAGGCUGAAAUCAGCGACACCUGAUGACUCCCUGGAGGACUACAGAGAGUACGAGUACCUCGAGUUGGAUGACUCAGACGAAUCCCCCAAAACCGUCACACUAUUUUCUACAGACUCCUCAGAAUUGCCUGAAGAUCCAAAAGACCCACCUCCCUCCUCCGAAUCAAUCCUGGAAUCCCUCCUAACUCCCGAUAUAACAGCCACAGACUCAACGGCCUCUGAAGAGUCAAAAUUCCCCUCCAUCACCUAUCAAACCUCCCAAAAAUCUCCCCGAAAAUCUCCCAAGAUCAUUCAGGAUUCGAGAACCUUCGACGAAAAGACCUUGCUGUACCUCGAAAAACUCCAGAAGGAUCACAAAUCCCUAAUCAAAGUCAGAUCUAUGCUAAUAUCAAACAAACACUCCACACAAUCCAUCCUAGACACAAAACCCGAUCUCAAAAUAAAAUCUCUCAAACUGCCACCAGACCUCGUCCCUCUGCCCUCAAGAAAAAUCCCAGCCCAUGAGACAGAAAAAGAAACGUCCCCUAGAUGUCCAAGAUGCAAAAAGCUCUUUGACUCUGCAAUAGAUUUAGCAAAACAUCGCAUUCUCGUGAGAGAACUCGCGGACAACAAGAACCCCGCCCUUAAAUGUGUUGAAUGUCACAGGUACUUCCAAAGCCACCACAUUCUUCACACCCACAAGUACCUCGUCCAUAACGACGACUCAGGUAUCCACAUCUGCGACAACUGCUGCAAGAUCCUAACGACAAUAUCCAUGGUGAACGACCACCAAUGCAUCACCGUCCCAUCCUUCAACUGCAAAACUUGCAUCAAAACAUUUGAGAGUUCUAAAAAACUCCUGCUCCACAAUCAGGCUCAUCACCUCGAGGGAUCAGGACCCCAUUCCUGUCCCAUUUGCCAGAAAAACUUCCUCACGGAAUCCAUGAUGACUCGUCAUAUGGAGGACAUCUGCUCCAACAAUUCCAAGAUGACUGACAUCACUGAAAAUAAUAACAAUGGCAGGGAUACUGACAGGAAUUUGGUGAAGGAUACAUCGAAAUUGCAUCGCUGCAACGUCUGUCAGUAUCUCUCGGCGACUUCCGAAGAGUUGUUGGAGCAUUUGGAGAAGAUCCAUGCUCUCGAGGCUUGCAAAUUAUGUUCGAAAGUGUUCGGGAGGGACGAGAUUCUUCAUCACAUCAUGAUGGACCACCUCCUAAGUAGAAAUGAGACUGAACAUGUCAGUGAAGAUAAAGACGUGAUAACGAAUGCCAAGAGAUUCGUCACCGCCUCUCAGGAAGACAUCAUGAUAUCCGUAUUCGAGUACUCGAGAUAUGAAAAACAUUCCCAACCUUUUGAAGUCCUUUGUCUCAAGUGUCUCAAGAGGUGCCCUGAUACUCACAGUUACCAGUAUCAUAAUGCAGAAGACCAUGAUCCCUUCUGUAUUUUGUGUAAUCAAAAGUUUGAUCAAGUCUCAGAAGCGUUCAAGCAUAAGAAUGAGGUGCACCAGUCUGUGGAAAAUUACAUCUGGGUCGUGAGCAGAAUUCUACUCAGUCUUUCUGACUUUAGGGAGGGUGAGGAAGAAUUUAUGAUUGAUCUUUUGGAAGAGAAGACGAAGACCACUCAGGCGGAGGGACAACAAGAAGUCGUCAGUGAAUUAUUGAAGGAGAAGAUGGAGACGACUCAUGAGAAAGCAGAGGGUAAAACAGAGAUUGUUGGCGACAGCAUCGAGGGCUUUGGGGGAAAUCUAGAGAUAUUUGUCUUUGACACUGCUGGAGAUUUGUGGGAAACGGUUGAAUGAGUAUAUUUUGGAUGUGUAUAGAGAGUCAGUGAUUGUUUAUUGAAAUUUUUUUUAAAUGAUGAAUGAGCUGAAGAAUGUUGGUGUUCAUGAAAAAUUGUCAUCAGGUCUAGGAGAUUUUGGGAUUAUUAUUUGCGGAGAUCAUGAGGAUUUUGGGUGAGAUGAAGAUGAUCAGUCAUUUCGUGGGAUUGAAUGUUCUAAUGAAGGGGUAAAACGUAACAAGACACAACAAAACGACAUCAACAUGUGGAAAAUUGAGUUGAUCUUUCGUAUCUUGUUGAAUUAGUUCAUCUUAACAAGGGAUAUUAGGGAAAAUAUCAACAAAAAGUUUUUAUUGAGAAUUAAUUAGGCUUGACAAUUGCUCCUAAAACCACUUGAUUACGAGAUCAAUAGAUUAUCAAUAAAAAAUGAACAAUCAUGUUAUUGCUUUACUUUUUUAAUUGAAAGAAGGUGAAAAAAAAAUCAAUCUGCAUAAAUUAUGCAUAUCUCCUGAUCAAAUGAUCCUAUUGGGAUAAGUCAGGUCUCAUUUUGAAGCUUGAAAAAAUACCUUCAAAAUGAAAAAAAUCCUCGAACUUCACUUCGCCAAUCUCGAGUAAUUGAUCAUUAAAAACUGCACGUUUAUCCUUCUCUUUUCUAACUACUUCAUCUCAACGAAGGAUUCUAGAAGUAAACGUCAAGAAACUUAUUUUUUGGAAAUCGAUUCGGGAGUUGAAUGAAUAAUUAAUACAGAUUCAGUAACAGAUUUAACCCGAUUUACCCCUUUAUUAUUAUAUUCUUUGACCUUCAACUCUGAUAAAUCUGUUUGGACAUUCCACUUGGGUAAUGGAAGAUGGAAAAAUUCACUUCACGUUUUGGUAAAAAAUAAAUGAGUGGGACAUAACAGAAAAAAACGGGGUGUUUUUUCACAUAAUUUGAAGGAAAAUCAUCUUGAUGAUGAUUCAUGCAUCACGAGAGAGCUUCAACUCCAGUGCUCCUUUGGUAUUAGAUGUUUAAGGUAUCUCUUAUUGCAGUUAAGCCAUUUCGCAUGGCGAUAGAAGAGUUAUUACUCCAAAGAGUGAUAUUAGAGAUAUAAGAGAAUUUUUAGUCGUUAAGAUAGUGUUCCACGUGCUGGUCGAAGACCCAGGAGAGGAGGUGCGGGUGGAGUGAACCCUUUUUCAUUUGUUUGCGUGUUUCAACUGAUAAUAUCGUGGAGCAUGAUACGAGCCUGAUGAAGGGUGCCCCAGUUUGCCCUACUCCUCAGUAUUUAAUAAGAUAUUUUUUGUAGUUUUGAUAUUCAAGUCGUUUUAAAGUCUAAGAAGAUGUAAGGUAUGUUGUCAAUGAGCAAUGAUUUUGUGAGAGUUUAAUGAGGAAGGAAUAAAAAAAUGAUGGUGAAGUAAAUCAAUUUUUCUACUCUAUUAUUGGGGAUAGUUUGUUGUAAACAAAGAGAUUCGGUGAGAAUUGUGUGUUGUUUGGGGAUUAAUAUUACGAAAUUGUUUAUUGAAGUGAUAAACACCAAAAUUAUGGAAACGAAUAGUGAAGAUUCCAUCUUCGAAGUGGAAAAUUUACAGUAGUUGUUGAAAGAAAACAGUUAUAUUUUUGUCAAGUUGUCUAGUUGCUGAGUCUUUAAUCUUUAUUUUUCUUGUAGAAGUUUCUAGAUAGAAUAGAAUAGAUAUUUUGGUUGAAGGAAUGAGAGUUUGAGUUUAAUUUUUAUUGGUGAAUAGAAUUAUGGAGAAAAAUCCUCUAUUAUAGAGUUGGUCUGCAAUAAAGGAUUGUGCUGAUUGACAA